UGCUUUUCUUCAACCUACAGCUUUCUCACUACCUAAAAGUUUCCAUCCUUCUAUCGCUGAUCCAUCACAACACCAUCUAAUAUCGCUACCACUUGCAUGAUCGCCACCGUCUAGAUCUACAGCAAGCCCUUCAGAGCUUCUGCUCGUGCUCUUUGCGGUCGGGAAUAGAAGAAACAUCUCCAGGGUGCCGUCAACACCAGUUUUUUCUAUACCAUAGCGCCUGUACCAACCAGCCAUGCCGGCUUACUAUCCCCGUCACAUGCCUCGGCAUAUGCCUCUCACUCCCCCAGAAUUUGUCCCUGGUUACAAUAACAGCUGUGCCCGCCAGUAUCCACAGCUCACACACGGGGCACCAUCGUUGAUGAGACAGCAUGACGACGGCGGUUUUGGUUACUCAGAGCGCUACGACCAGCCACAUCUGCCGUCUGUUCAGUCAGCUCUUAUGUAUGGACAGCAGCAGCAUCACGGUGGCUAUGCCAACAACGCAGUUGCUUCCUACUAUGAGCCUGUCGUAGCACCGAUUCUGCCUCCCAUGCGUGGAACGGACCAGCGGACAAUGGCCGAUGCAGACAUGCUGCGAGCACAGCGCAACACAGACGCUCGGGCCACCCAGCAGAAAGAGGAGAAGCCAACUGGUGGUGUCUCUGCAAAUCUAGACUAUGAGUUGGAUGUCAUGACUGAUUUUGUGUCUGACAUGGCACAGGGAAUCAUUAGCCCCAAUCGUCCACAGCCUCCUUCUUUCCGCAAGUGGGUCGGUGGUGUUCUCACUGCCACCCGGCUUCCGUCAGCGACCAUUCUUCUGGGUUUGCAUUACUUGUCGUUGCGCAUGACACAGCUCUCCCAAGAAGGCCCGCAGAUGAACCCGGAAACCAACUUGCACAGGUUCCUUACCCUCGGCCUUUUACUAGGCAGCAAGUUCUUGGACGACAACACCUUCAUCAACCGGUCUUGGGCUGAUGUCAGCGGCAUUGUCGUGGCUGACCUGAAUGUGCUUGAGUCCCAGUGGCUGAAAGCCUUUGACUUCCGAUUGCACCGCAAUCCUGAGGAGGCCCAAGGAUUCACCACGUGGCUCAAACACUGGAAAGAGUUUGAAGCGAAUGCUGUGGCUCGUGCCAACCGCCAGACGAAGCUAGCACCGAUCGAUACCUCUCUGCACCAGUACAGCGGCAUGAAGAGCUUUUCAACGAACCCCUACACGGCUGGUUUCAAGCAGCUGCCUACUCCUGACUACUCGCUGAAGCACACGCCUUCUCAGUACAGCGCUCCGGCUUACUCGCAGUACGAUCCAUGGAGUGCCAGGUCCACGCAUGAUCAUUCUCCAGCCUCGACUGCACCUCUUUCAGGCCCUACCACGCCCGAGUAUUACGGCAACGCGACCACCUGGGCCCCUCCACCACCGCCUGAAGGUUACUCUCGUCGCACUAUGUUUGGAUUCCCUCCGGCUUCACAGCCAAUGGCCGCUCUGCAACAGCAUCUGCCUAGCUACGGGUCUUCUUGCUUUGGUGCAGCUUCCCAGCAGUACAAUCUUUACAAUGGUCAUCCUCCGCAUUGCUCGUGCUUCCACUGCUGCGCACGACACCCGCCGUACAUGAUGACUUCCGGAUUUGCCACGCAGCCUGUGGCUGGUUAAGCAAUCUGGAUGACCAUCUCCGACCAGCACGAAUCUUGCACAGCGAACAUGUCAAUGAAUCCCCAAUCCACUCUGACGCUGUCACAAGAUUCACGAGCGCCAUCUUGUGUGCUCACUAAAAGUUCAC